AUGGGGUCGGGAUUUCGUGAUGAUCUGCUGCAAAGCUAUUCAGAUGCACAACUAAUCCAGCACAUCCUUUCCUCCCCAUCACCUCCAUCUUCCUUCGACGUAUCUCUGCUUUCUUCACGAUACAUUGCCAAGACUACAAGUAUCGCGGAAGCCGAAGACACUGCACAAGCUAUGGAAAUCGCCCAUCAACUCGGAAUCCGCGGUCCUUCUCUACAGAGGAUGGUCAUAAAUGGGCCAAAUGCGCACUAUGUCAUGGAUAGAAUCGAGGGCACUACUUUGGAUAAUACUUGGACGACGCUGGGUUGGUUUGCCACAAUCAAGCUGGCUUUACAGCUUCGCCGCUUUGUGCGUAUCUUGCGAUCAGUCACCUCAUCCACUGCCGGAUCUCUAGCAACGGGCCAGUGCCGGUCCUUCUAUCUUGAAGAUCGCUUCGGCCUUCCUCCGCGAUCUACACCAUCUGAUUUCGCAGAAUUCUUCCGAUUUUGGGCCAACUUCAGAGGCAUGCGACAGGCAAUGCAAGUCGCAAAGCAGGGUCAGAAACUUAGCGGUGCAGAAUAUGUUCCCCCAACUCAGGGAAACUUCGUUCUGACGCAUCAUGAUCUCGCUCCGCGGAAUCUCCUUGUUUCUCCUUCUGGGCAGCUGUGGCUGCUUGAUUGGGAGUUGGCUGGUUUCUAUCCAAUCUACUUUGAGUAUGCCGGGAUGCUUAACUUUGAUAUGCACUCGACGUGGACCGUUUGGGAUCGUCUACGCUGGUACCUGUUUACAUGGAUUGCAGUUGGGUCCUAUAAGCAUGAAGCUCGUGUGCUCGAAAGUAUGAGGUCGCAUUUCACUAGCUUCGCCGUUGCGAGAAGGUUUGAGCUGCUAGAAAUCGGAGGACCCUCCCGAGUCCCGGCAUCCUAG